AUGGAUAACAGUAAACAGAAAGUCAAGCAGGACGUACCAGCCAUGGAUAACAGCAAGUCCACGCUUGCUCGUAAUGUCUACAACGACAGCAGGAUCCAUGACUUCUUUCCUAGGAAAACUUGGCUUUGUGUUUCCAAAAGAUUUUUGGGCAACGAGUUGCUGAAAGAACUAAUUAGAAGUUUUGGGGGAGAUCAUGGAGAGGCUAGAAGCAAGGCUGAAUUGGAACUCAAACUUUCUCAUCUCUUACCAAAGAAGUUCUUCAUUGUGUUAGAUGAUCUGUGGAAUGCAAACGUGUGGGAGGACCUACUGAGAGCUCCUUUUAAAUGUUCUUCUGGUGGAAUCUUGAUCACGACAAGGGAUGAAAGGGUGGCGAGACAAAUGGGAGCCAGUAUUCAUUGCGUUGAGAAGAUGGAUAAGGUCACUAGUUGGAUGUUGCUUUCUACACUGGUCUCUAGAGACGGAGAAGAUGAGGAGGUGUGCAAACUAAAAGCAAUUGGGGGAGAAAUUGUCAAUAAAUGUGACGGUCUUCCUCUUGCCAUUAAGACAGUUGCUGGUGUUUUGAGGUCCAAGGAAAGAUGCGAGAAAGAAUGGAACAAAGUUCUUGAAAGACUCUUACUAGGUAUUUGGGUUGCCGAAGGAUUUGUGAAACCACAGGGAUAUAGACUGUUGGAAGAUUUAGCCGAGGGCUACUAUGAAGAAUUGCUUGGAAGAAACCUUCUACAACUGCAUCCCUUCUAUUUGGAUAACAGCUGA